GCCCGGUGGAGGCAGACAGCCCGUCAGCUCCAGUAAAUGUCACAGUUAAACACCUGAAAGCCAACUCAGCCGUUGUAACUUGGGAUGUUCUGGAAGAUGAAGUUGUCAUUGGAUUUGCGAUUUCCCAACAGAAGAAGGACGUGCGGAUGCUGCGCUUCAUCCAGGAGGUGAACACCACCACCCGCUCCUGUGCCCUCUGGGACCUAGAGGAGGACACUGAGUACAUUGUGCAUGUCCAGUCCAUCAGCAUUCAAGGCCAGAGCCCUGCCAGUGAGCCAGUCCUCUUCAAGACCCCCAGGGAAGCUGAGAAACUAGCCUCUAAAAAUAAAGAUGAGGUGACAAUGAAGGAGAUGGCGAAGCAAAACCAACAGCUGCGAGCGGGGGAAAUUCUCAUCAUUGUUGUGGUGUUGUUUAUGUGGGCAGGGGUGAUCGCCCUGUUUUGCAGACAGUACGAUAUCAUCAAAGAUAACGAGCCAAACAACAGCAAGGAGAAAGCCAAGAGCGCCUCGGAGAACAGCACUCCCGAGCACCAGAGCGGAGGGCUCCUGCGCAGCAAGUUCCCCAAAAACAAGCCCUCAGUGAACAUCAUUGAAGCGUGACAGCCUGCCAUCUGAUGGAUGGACUCCAUUCCUCACUCUCACUUUCUGCCUCUGAGCCUUGAUGACUUGGGAGGUGAAAUAUCGUUGGAGCGAUUUGGAAAGAGAGCUGGUGAUUGUCACUUGCUGGCAUUCGCGCCUCCUCGCCCGUGUUCUGCAAAACAUCUGGCCAGAAAGAAAAAUCCUGCAAAAAAAAUAACAAAGAAAACCACCCUGAAACCCAAACAAUUAAGAUGGAAAAGCACCAGUGAGACGGCUGCUGCCGGUGAUCCUCUGCUGGACUCGUGAAUCACCUGGGCUGGAGCAGCUUCUCACACACUCCUCUCCACCCUCACACUCCGUCUUCUGGAACGACUUUCCUGUCUUUGGAAAUGUGCAAGGCUUUUGUUGUAUCUUUAUUUUGUCUCACUGUCGCUCCAUCUUGACAGUAUUAAGGUGAGCUCAGGCAUCAGUCACUGUCACUCCUCUUCCCAGCAAGGAAGGAGUAAAGCUCAUCCCAGAGACCAUGAGCAACCAGAUUUGGGCUGCUGUGUGCUCCCAGCUUGCUUUGUUCCAUUGAUGUGUGUUGUGUAACACGUCUUGCAGGUGGGUUUUUAAAACAAAACAAAAAAAAAAAAGCAAAGAAAAAAAGGCAUACCCCAGUCUCCAUUCCCACUGGGAGAACUUCCCUGGUUGUUCUCCGCUUAGGCUGCAGCACGUGUCUCCACCGUUGCUGUCUCUCCUGUCUCGCACCGGUGCUCUUCACCUCAGAUAACGGGGGCCUGCCCAACACUGAGGCACAGACAGACCCACAGGAGGGGACACCAGGAGCCGUUAUUUAGCUUCCAGGAUAAUUUCAACCACUUUCUUCACAGUAUUUUCAGCUGGGCCUGUGUCCACCACCAGUGUGAUAAAAGGUCCAUAAAAAAUGUAGCCAGUCAGCAAAAAAAGUAAAAAAAAAAAAAAAAGUUAAAAAAAACUCAUGAUACCGGUUGCUAUGCAAGGUCAUCCAAGGCAAUAGCUAUUUAUUGUGAAAGGCUCUUGCCUAAAUGACCUUUUUCUGAGGGCUUAAGUUCUUAAAUUGCUUCUUUUAGUGGGGUUCCUGUGGGAAGGUCUGGUUCUCCUUACACGUCCCAUCUGCACUAUUUUUUGUGACGUUGUAAUGCCAGGUAUCUGCUGCAGGUAGUCCUCCAGAAAAAGGGUGAUGAGGAGUGGAAAAGGGGUUGGGAUUCUCCUCCUCUCUCUUAUUAAGUGCUUGAUGUUUGUAAGCUGACAGGAUCCCUGGGAUUGCUGGUGCUCUGGAAGCUGGUAGAUGCAAGUCCAUCACACAGAAAAGAUUUACUCUUUUCUCUGUGUGUGCCAUGGGGUAUCUGUAUUUAUUUAAUUACUCCACAAAACCACUCCAUAUGCACUAGGGGAUGAGGCAAGAUCCUACUUGUUCCAUCAAACACCAAGACAGGUUGGGCCUGAGUAGGGUUGGAAUCUCGUUACAACAAACCUGCACCCAAACGAGCCUGGUUUAAAAGUCCCUGCAAAGAAACAGGCUGGCAGUAACCCAGUUCAGCCAUCUCUCCUCUUCCACUGUCACCAGCCUUUCCAAAAUAGGUGAUCUGGGAGAAAGGCACAAGGAACUCUGCUCGUAAAAGUGUCAGUGAAUGAGCAAGGACUUCCCUGGUGCCGGUUGCAGAAGACAGGCCAACCCCAAAGGUCUCUUCAGUGGAUCCUCUGCCAGAACAUACUCCUCCAUCACCAAGAGGGAGAGGUCAGCACCUCUGAUACAGACAGAGCAAUAAACAUUUUAUAAGGUACAAUAAAAGAUUAAAGGCA